ACAGCGCAUGCUCGUGCCCGCCACGGCGAACACAUGCACGCUGCAGUCGCGGCUACGCGCGCCGCAGACCACACGCACCUAAGCAUAAUACACCACACUAAAUAACAAAACACUCAUCUUAUUAAAUUACGAUAACUAGCCCAAAGUUUGUAUCAAAAAUAUUAUUUUAAAUUAUUAUACAUUAGUUUAUUGAAGUGCAUAAUAAUAUUAGUUAUAAAAAUGUGUAAAAAUGUUGCCAUAAUGCCUAUGAAAAAGAACGUGGAUUCAGCCAUGCAGAAGUCAUGCAAACCAGCGAUGCUGGGUCGCAUGUGGCAGGCGAGCCGGCGCUCGCUGAACCUCGACCAUGCGCCGGCGCACCAUUUCGCCUGCAGCCAAUGGCAGUCUAGUCCACAUCCCUCCACUACAUACCUAAUAUACAGAUGGCUACUAUUCAUCUCGGUGAUAUCGACUGGCAUUGCAAGCUUCGCGUGCCAACAUCUGCCGAGGCAGUAUGAUGGACCUAUCAGGGAGCUGAACUAUAUGAAGUGGUUCAUAUACUUCACCAACUGGGGCUACCUGCUCAUCGCACUGCAGUCAGCACUCGCCCUAGCCGUCGUAAUCAGAUACAGAUCACAAAAAUGUAAUUCUACGUAUGAAGAGGAUGAGUUCCCGAUUCCAUUGGGGCGGCGCGUGCGCACCCCGCUGCUGUGCCGCGCCUAUUGGCUGUCACAUAACAUCGCCACCGACCUCGCUUUCGUCAUCUCACUCGUCUACUGGACUCUGGUCCAUGACCCUAGAAUCCACGAGAUCAAUGCUAUCAACGUGCUCGUCCACGGUGGUAACUCGUUGGUGAUGGUGAUAGAACUGUUAGUGACGUCACACCCUGUGCGCGCUGCGCAUGCGCUGUACAGUGCCGGUGCGGGACUCGCGUAUGGUGUCUUCAGUGCCUUCUAUUGGGCUGUGGGUGGCACUGACAGGAUUGGGUUGCCAGCUAUCUACCCAGUUUUGGAUUGGAAUAAGCCUGGAUCUGCAUUCGGGUUCGUAUCACUGUGUGCGGUGGUAAUGGUGUUUGCGCACGCGCUGGCAACGUGCGUGGCUGCAGUGCGCAUGCGCGUGGCACUCCGCCUGCGCGCACGCCCCCACGCCGACCGUCUCGCACUCCCGACUCACUGAUCACACGGGAAACUGCUCUAGCAUCUCUUGUUACCUCUUGGGCCACGCCUUGAUUUCAAAAGGAGUUCUAAGAAAGUGCAACGUAAACAGAAACAGCGAUGGCGUCGAUCAGUUAUCUCAAACGCAGUUUACGGUCAUUUCCAAUAACUCGACUAGAUGUUUUGCCCACAGAUUUGCUUCAAUUUCUAUCAUUCAAUAUAAAUAAUUUGCACAAUCGUGUUUAUGACCACUCUGUUAUGUUUUAGUUCACGGAUUGAAACCAUAGAAACUUACUAGUAUUUCAUGAAAAAUAAAGAAAAUCUGCGGGUCUGAAACAAGAGGUAACAAACUAAACUUGAGUGGCAAUGGACCUUUUAAUAUAAGACGAUGUUUGAGUAGUUCUCGUGUCAAUUUACAAGUUUAUAAAUGCAAGUAUUUGGUUGUCGUGUCCUUCCAGAUACGUUGUAGGAAGGGUAGAUAAUCCCGUAGUUUUGUAAACGGCGAGCAUAAUAUUAAUGGUAUCAUCAUUCCCAAAACACCAUUUAGGCUUAAGUGGUUUACCUUAUUGCAGUAAAGAAAAGCUUUGUCUAAGGGUGCGUCCAUCUAGCGACUGCGCAGCGAAUGUGCCGUGUGCCGUUUGCGAGCUGCGCGCGAUCAUUUAAAAUAUUAUUUAUACGAGGCUUGAAUGAGUUUAAGCACUAAACCUUUGCCGUAACUUUACUCGCGUAGCUCCCCGGCAAAAGAUUCGCCAGUGUGGAUGUAUCCUCAAAAAAACAAUUGUUUUAAACAAUUUAGUGCUUGCUCAGUGACAACAUUCCUUCCUUAAAUGGUUCUUGAAAUUCGCAAAAAUAACUGUUUAUGUUACGUAAAAAUGAAGGGCAAAUAUGUGUAUGUAUCUAAUCCAUAUAUAGAGGUAUAUAUAUUCACAGAUAGACAAAAGUACAUAACGGUAAUAGCUUGGAAUUGAACGUCAAAUACAGCACGUACAUCUGGUUUUCUUCAGAAAAUCUGAAACAAGAAAGAGGAAUCGGUAAUCAUUUUGCACUUUUGAGAAUUUACUAAAUCUUAUAUGUAUAUAUACCGCGACAAAAACAUAGAUUCUGAAGAUACGUACACCCUGUGUUUUGAAAUAUUAAAGCACAAUAGCUUGAAUGGAAGUAUGGUACCAUGUUAGUGUUAUUAGGUACAUAAAAAUAUAGAAGUUGCAGCUGUAUUGAUGUUUAUCACAUUAAAUAAAUGGAAUGAGUAAGCAAUGAUAUUCUCAGCGUAGACUACGCAGCAAUAAUAAUGCAAUUAUUAGCAUAGCGUUUGUGAGAACAUCUAGCGAAUUAAUAGUUUAUUUUGCAUGUAUUUAAAUGGGUGACUUACAAAGCAUUCCUAUUUUUCCCAAAGAAAUAGCUUUUUAGAUGUAAGUCCAUAUACCUAUUAGGCCCAUAGCACACUGUGGUUCAUACGAAAUUCGAACGCAACGUCGCCGAAGACAUGCGUUCCUAAAACACUUUUCCUGACGCAUAUAAAAGUACGCCGUGUGCUAUGGGCAUUAUAUUUUAUGUAUUAAAAAUGCACUUUAUACAUAGGUCGACCAUGAUGGUAUUUAUGGAUCUAUCUGUUAUAUACACCGUGAUUUGUUCUAAUGUUUUUUUUUUUCUUGAAAUAUUUUUGAUUUAUUAUUCAGAGGCUAACUUAGGUACUUACCAUCACAGGCGCUACUGGAGAAGAAGCUCUCUUAAACAAAAUAUGAUUUGAAAAUGUCAAGUCAUCAGACAGUUAAAACAAUAAGUGGACGAACAGGAUCUUAUUCUAUAGUAGCGCCAUCUAGUUAGUUUAUAAAUGACAAACUACUGUGUGAUGCGUGUAUUAAUUUAUCAGUCUACUUACUACAUGGCUGUUUUUGUUGGUAAAAAGAAACGAAACGAUAAUUAUUUAUUUUCUACUUCAUUAAAAUCACGGUGUAUAUUUAAAUGUAUUAUUUUGUGUAAGAGGUUAAUGAUUUAACCUUAUUGUUUUAAACUCGGGGUGCAUGAUUGAUUUAUACGUAAAAAUAACAGAAUAAAAUGACGACAAACCUAUACAUUGGUAUUAAACACGUUUAAAAACAAUUCAUCUUGAAUUUUCAUAAUAACAAAAUAGAUUAUACACUUCUACAAAUAAAAAUGUGCCAUAAACAGUACAAAAUAAGAACUGCUAUUAAAUAUAACUCUUAUGCUCAUUCUGUUGUCGCAGAGAACCUAACGGGUUACCGGGGCUCCGGCUCGACGUGCAGGAGAAGGAACGAGGUGGUUUUUAGU